AUGGCUGGGCCGGGCGGGGAUGUACGCACCAUGUCUCCGCAGGAGACAGCACAGUGGUGCAACUCCUUGGCACUCUGUGGUGUGAAAGGUCGUAUCCUGCGAGAUCUCCAGGAACAGAUCCAAAAGCGCCAGAUCGACGGUCUGCAGUUUGAUGGUAUGCUCAGGACAAACACAUUGACAGACUUGGGCAUCGAGGAGCUAAAUGCGCGGUUGGCUCUUUCAAUCCGUCGCAGUUGGACUACGGACUUUAACGGUGUGACCUUCAUCACUUGGGCAGCCAGCCAGGCUCAUUUUCAAAGUCGUGAUGAAGAUCCACGGCGUCACAAAAGAGAUUUCUUCAGCCAAGCUGAUGGUCCAGAUUCGGAAUACUCUCGUGCCAGCUACGGCAUGCCACCUCGCAGCAGGGACAAGCCGUGGUCACCAUCGAUGGCUCACGGAGUGCCACCUCUUCGGGAUCCUCAGCUUAGCAUGGAACGUGUUGGGCGAGAUCCGCGACUCGAGGAUCCGGGCUAUUUGGGGAUGGAUCACAGAGUGCCGUCACCAUAUCCUGGGGAUCGUGGCAUGGGCUAUGAUGACUUCUAUGACCGUGGUGCUGGUCAAAUGCCAGCUGACAGAAGAGCAGCUUGGCGUGGAUCACCGCCACGUUUGGAUGGCAUGGAUCCAUGGGGUCGAGGCCCACAGAUCCAGAUUCCCCCUUCACCACCUGGUUCAAGAGACAUGUACGGUGGCUAUCAUGACCCGUAUGAUCCAGGCUGCCCGGAUGACUUUUACGAUCAGCCUCCCAGUCACAGGCGUGAUGAGCCAGGCCGCUUUGGAUAUCCAGAUAGAGGCCCAGCAUAUUCACCGGAGGCAUUCGAUGAACGCCAUGAGCGUGCAAUGAGGAGGAGCCCAGGCAACGGUAACGCUUGGAGCGGCAUGGGUUUAGACCAAGCCUUACCGAAGCGUGGCCCCGUGCCAAACAAUGUGGCGCGGCUGUAUGACAUCCCCUCAGGUCCUGUGCAGAAGCCUCGAAGCCCGCAAGCGCCUCAAGCGUACGAGGAGAACGACUACGAGCCGCCUCAGCCAGCAGUUCCGUCCAAGGGCGGACGAGCCAACGUUCGUGAUCCUAAUGCUGGCGAGUGGGGAGGCUUAUUUGGUGAAGAGCCGGCCCUCCCUCCAAAAAGGCCACAACGCAGAGAGUCACGAGAGCCAGAAGAGGUGGCACAAGGAACCAGCCCGGGCAUGUGGCGCGGCGAUCUCUUUGAAGAGGGCCGCCAGAAGGUGCCUCCAAUGCCACGACCAGGUCACCACCCGCAUGACAAUGGAGGUCGGGCUUCGAGGCCAGGACCAAGCGCACAGGAUGAAGGUUUUCAAGAGAUGGGUGAGUGUGACGAUGCGGAUGAUUUUGAUGAGCAAGAAGUUGGUUUCAAGGAGCCUGCACCUGCUGCCGCCAGGCCUGCGCCACGUGCCCGACGACAGACACCACCGGUAGAUGAUGGUUGGGGCGGCCAGUCCUUGGGUGAUGCCUUGGCGCACAAGCAGGCAACUCCAUCCGGUGGAUCAACAGCUACAGGUGCCGGUGGCAGCAGCAGCAGUAGCGUGCGCAGCGGAGGGCAAAAGUCUAUUCCCUCCGGCGCGGGCAGUGCUGAUCCCGGCAAAUCCCCCGAGUGGAUCAUGAAUUGGGUCCGUUCUUUGCCAGAGUCCCACGUGCCAGAGAGGACUCGUGAACAUUUGGCAGACCUCAUCGCGGAGAGUCAAAUGGACGGGCGAUUUUUCUCUGACUAUGUUCAGAAGGUGCCACCGGAGGUGUGUGCUCCAAAGCAUGCCAUGAAGCUCAAGGCUGCGUGGUCUAACGUCCUCAAAGAGGCAGAAGUUGCAGAGAUGGCAGCUGCUUGCGCCGUGCGGCCAACACAGAAGGGAAUGUUGGUUGCUGUUUGA